AUGCCUUUCUCUACUGCCAUUCGCACAAGCCUGCAGGGCUCUACGCCAGCCUUUGGCUUCUGGCUCACCCUGCCUAGCUCUGGCCUUGCUAAGACUAUUCUUCACGGCGCUUCCGGAUCUUCAACGAGGUUUAGCUGGGUUCUGGUUGAUGCGGAGCACGGCUUGAUCUCCGACCAGCACUAUUAUGACUUGAAUAACGCCAUUGGCCAUGAGUCUGCUAGCCCCAUCAUUCGGGUGCCCUGGGGAGAAGAAUGGAUGAUUAAGCGUGCUCUCGACUCCGGUGCUCACGGUAUUAUGACCCCUAUGUGCCACUCUGAAAUUGAUGCAGCCAAGAUUGUCAAGUACACUCGUUAUCCACCCCAAGGCACUCGCGGUUAUGGCCCCAUGUUCGCGCCUCACUCUCUCCCCGGAGUUAACCCCGGUGCCGAGUACGACGACCAAGCGAAUGCCAGCGUGACCGUGUGCGUACAAAUCGAGUCACGCCCCGGUGUCGAGAAUGUGGAGAAGAUUGCCGCUGUGGACGGCGUUGAUGUCCUCUUCAUUGGUCCCUUCGAUCUCUCUAAGCAGAUGAACGUUACUCGCGGUGGUGAGGAGCAUGAGGCUGCUAUCAAGCGGAUUCUGAACGCCGCCCACAACGCUGGCAAGAAGGCUGCUAUUUUCUGCACUGACGGCAAUGAUGCUCGCGCCCGUGCCCAGCAGGGCUUUGAUAUGAUCUCUGUUAACACCGAUGUUGGUGUGAUCCGGGCUGGUAUGCUGAACGAGCUUAAGACCGCCAACGGGGAGGAAGUGCAGGGAGGUCCUCGUCAGGGGUAUUAA